AUGAAGAGCGCCGUCCGGCUGCUUUGCAGCGAGCUUGCCCACUUGCUGGAGCCGCCGACCGCGGGGGGCCUGACCGUUGAGGACAAAGUCCUCUGUACCCUCAGGUUCUUUGCAACUGGCAGCUUCCAGUCGUCAGUCGGCAGUGAGGCGGCCAUCGACAUGUCCCAGCCGUCUGUAAGCCGCUGCAUUGCAAAAGUCGCGCGGGCCAUUGUUCAGGUUGGGAAGGAGCAAGGAUGGGUGGCCUUCCCACGCACCGCCAGCGAGCGAGCUGCAAUUAAGCAAGGGUUCUUGCAGCGCCGCAGGCUCGGCGGCGUGAUUGGGUGCGUGGAUGGCACGUUCAUCGCCAUCGUCGCCCCGAACCUACCUCCUGCGGAGAAGGCAACGUAUUGGUGCCGGAAGGGCUAUAACGCCCUGAAUGCAAUGGUGGUGUGUGACUCGGACUUGAGGGUCCUUCACGUUAGCCCGCGAUUCGCUGGGUCGUGCCACGACGCGCACGUGUGGCGGUACGCGUCGCUUCGCCGGCGCAUUGCCAGCGGCCGCAUUGCCGUCCAAGACGGCGAGUACCUUCUCGCUCCGUGGAUGCCGGGCCACCACACGGAAGUACGGGCCAACGACUUCAUUGCUGACAUGGUGCGUCUCGGGCAGGAAUUGCAGCAUGUCACCACGAGCAGCCUCGGGAAUCACGACUCUGUGACCCCACUAAAUGAGACCUUUGUAAACGGCUAG